AUGCUCAUUAAGGUUGCACCUGCCGAGCUGGAAGAUCUGCUUUUGGCACAUCCUUUAAUUCGUGAUGCUGCAGUUAUCGGAAUACCUGAUAAACGUUCUGGUGAAUUACCGCGUGCAUUCGUCGUUCGAGCAUCAGAUAGCUUGACUGAAGAAGAUGUAAAAGCCUGGAUCAAAGACAAAGUGUCUUCGCAUAAACAACUUGCUGGAGGAGUAGAAUUCUUGCGAGAGAUUCCGAAAUCACCUGCUGGAAAAAUUUUGCGAAGAGUGUUACGCGAUCGUGUUCCGUCAAAACUUUAA